GGGAUAGAUACUGGUAUAGGACUAUACAGGGUGUCCCAAAAAUGUUGUAACUCCUUGAAAGGAAUGGCCAGUCUAUGCCCAGUCUCUAUAUUCUUGUGUCCGUGCCCGAUCCCUAUAUUCCUAUGUGUUCCCUAUGUUCGUGGAUAGUGGACAGUCGAGAUAAAAACCUUCGUGUGCUUGUUUUCAGUAUGAAGAGCAUAAAGUAUUUGCGUGGUUUCCUAUCUAUAUGAAAUGCCUAUUCAGUGCGAAGGAGGCAUUCUGAUCCUUCGUGGCAGAGGAUGUUUUUAUUCUUUAAUAUUCGUGAUAAUAUCGUCAAUUUCUUGACUCGACAACCGUUUACUUCUUCCGCGCGAUCAACUUGUUAAAUGUGAUCGUCAGUCAUGGACAUACGCGGUGUAGAAGUUACAAAUCAGUUGCGAAGCGCCAUUCGUGCUAAACUGCUAGAAUUAGGAGUACGAUACGAUGAAGAGUUGCCAGAUUAUAUUUUAGUAAUGGUUGUAAAUAAAAAGUCUCGUCAACAAAUGCAUGAUGAUCUGAACCUCUUUUUGGAGAGCUGUACAACGCCAUUUGUCGAUUGGUUACAUGACCAAGUGUUGAAGAAGUUGCAGAAGGUUACCGUAGCAAAAAAGAAAUCAUUAAGAGAAUUUGUGCCUACAGUUGUUGUUAAGCAGGAGGAAGAAAGGAAAAAGAAAAAAUCAUCGACAACCUCUUUCUUGGAAGAUCAGCUCGUCACCCCAGCCACAGAUAAGUCUUCCAAUAAAACAAUAAAGGAUGACAAGUCAGUCAACAAACAAAGCGCAAAACCAUCCGUAUCUAGUCAGAAGUUGGAUACACUUCAAAAUAAAGCUAUAGAUAAGCCUGUGAAGAGUGUGAGUCACGAAGAGAAAGUGGAUGCCGGAGUAAACAGUACCAUUCUUCCACAGCCUGUGGUAAAGAAGAUACAAUCAAAUGAUAAUCAGAAUGGAAACACGCAUAAAGUAAUAAGCAUCAUUGAAACCUCUAGUAUCAAGUCUGGAGAUCCUGAUAUCGAGUCAAAGGUGGAUGAUGCAUCAUCCAGGAAUUUAAAAAGGCCGUUAGAUAUGUCCAUUAAUUAUCGCGAUACUUUAGAGAAGAAACUAAUUGAAACAAAGCGAUCAAAGGUCGAAGAGGAUGCUGAAACUACAACAGAGGACAACACAAAGAAAUUGAAGUCCUGUAUCAACAAACCAAAAGUUACUUCUGUUGUGUCCGUUAAAAAUCGCCUCGGUAUAGCGUCUCCCAGAAAGAAAUUCGAAAUUCACAGGGAGAAAAUAGAUAACGAAAGUCGGUACAGACAGAAUGAGAAGCGCGUUGAGAAGCAUCGAUUCGAUACCAACCGCAACAAUAACUUCCAAAGAGGAAGGAACUUCGAUGCAGACGAUCGUGCGAAGAGGAGUCGUGAAAUCGAAUUAAAACACAAUGACUCGGACAAAGCUAGCGAUAUCAAGAUUCGACUGUGUAAUUCUAAAGUCGAGAAAGUACCUAAAAGUAUAGAGUUAAGGGAGAAAGUGACUACAAAUUUAAAGUCGAAACUAAUAGAGAAAACAACGGGUACGAUUAAAGAUCGUUUAGGUAUCGCGAGUUUCAAUAAGGUGCAGAAACAAUUAGGAAGUAAAGAACCGGCAGACUUCAAGAGCAAACUUCUAGAUCAAGAUCGCGAUAUUUUAAGUAACAAUAAAAAUAUAAAGAAUAGAUUGGAACCAUUCAGAAAUAAUUUUAAGCCGGUAAGCGUUAAAGGUGGUUUCAAUUCGACGAUUAGGCGUUCCCAGAGUAGCGAGGACGAGGACUACCUUAAUCUAGGUGCGGAAGAAGAAUUAGACGAGGUUGAGCAGUCCGCGGGGAACUCUGGGCCUAUCAAAUCCCGCAUAAUAGCUGUAAAUAAAUCUAUACCAAUGAAGACUGAAAGAAAACGAUUAAAAUCGUUGGAGAAAACUAGCAAGGAAUCCAGCGAUACGGAAGAUAUUGAAGACACCAAGAUACCCAGUAAAGUAAUUGUAACGCCGAGACCUUUGAAGCCGUUACAACCCGCACAGAAACGUGCUACACAAUCGCUGUUAUUGAGAGCCGUUGCAGAAGCUAAUCAAUCUGUCGUCACACAAAAAAAUCCAGAACCAUGUUUAUUGGAUAAGAAGCAAACAUUGAAACGCCUUAAGCCUGGUCCCGUUCGAGACGUAGGCCAAAAUUUAUCGGUACACCUUAAUUCCAACAAGAGAUUGGUCAUGGAGAAGAUUCAAGUUGAAUUAAACACGGAUGUGUCCGAGACUAAAUCGAAGUCUUACAUACAUCAGUCAGUUACAGAAGAACACAUGGGGGUUGUAAUGUCUUUGUUCCAAAGGAGCGACGACAACCAGAAGUUUCUGGUCACUUUGAACGGAUACAACAAUAAUCUCGCAAAGGAGAAAACUGCGUCCGACGACGAGGAACGAUUAGAAAUGGAGGUAAAUGAAGACGAUGAACUUGUGCUUUUAACACCACAAAAUGACGUAUAUACUCAGAAUGAGUCAGAAACAUCUGUUUUUCAAGUAACCGAAGUGGAAGAUGAGGAGGACGCGAGUGGAAAAGAAAGAGCUGAAGAGAAUAACGAAAAUUGUAACACCGAGAAUGUCGAGAAGAUUACUGAGGAAGUACCGAGAAAGAGAAGAAAAUUAAGUCCUAUAGUGUAUAAUAGAUCUCACUCGCCCAGUCCUGCAGUUUUGAAAUCCAGCACCUUACCAACGACUCCAAUAUUAACCAAACGUUUAGAAAAGAAGUCAUUAACCGAAAAUGCAGUGACAGUUAUAGACAAGUCGAAAGAAAAAUGUAGAUACUGGCCCAACUGUACGUUGGGAAAUAAGUGCGCAUAUCUUCACCCUCUCGUUAUGUGCAGUGCAUUCCCAGCGUGUAAAUUCGGAAGCAAGUGCGCUUACAGACAUCCUAAAUGCAAAUUCGGCUUAUCAUGCACAAAGUUGGGAUGCGUAUUCUCUCAUCCCGCGCAACAGUGCAAGUAUCAUCCUUUCUGCACUAAACCUGCUUGCCCUUAUUCGCAUCCGCCCCCGGUAGCCACGGAAGCGUCAAGUCAAAGAGCGAAAUUCACGUGGCGCAGACGAGAUUGAACUCUAACAUUGUACAGAUAUACAAAUUCCCUUUCUCUCUAGCGAUAUGUCAAUCCAAUACGUUGGACAGGGAUACCGUCACAACCUGAACAUUCCAGUGAAACGAAAUUUGAAUGGUUACGACCAGAUUACCCACUGAGGUAGCUUUUCAUAAUUUAUUUCUAGGACGGGCCUGUAAUUUUGUUACAAAAUGUUUCAUGAAGUUACAUAUCUGCCCUUGAAAUAAAUUCUCUAAAGCUAUUUCAUUCCUCAGGUCGUUACGGUGUCGUAAUCCUUUCAAAGUAGAAAUAAGAUUUAUAACUGAAGCGAACUAUAUCGAUAGAUCGUUACUGCCAAUUACAUACUUGAAAACUUUCACUUUGCACUUAGGAAUCUAAUCAAUUUAAUUUAGAGACUUUUGAGUUAUCCCACGCUUUGCAUCGCAUCACCGUGGAGUGUUUCACAAUAGAAUAAAUAGCAACAUCAGGAUGACAGUACACAGUAAGUUUCCUUUGUCUGUGUGUAAGCAUUUCUACUAACGAUUACUUUUAAAAAUGGUUUGUGAUAGUACCCCUGUCUACACGGAAGGUGACGCUCUAGUUUGUACAGACCAACGGGUGUACUCGUGAUCAUAAACUUUGGAGGAAUUCUCGACAUUCGAUUUUCUCUUAAACUGUAUUAUAUAUCGUGCAUUGGUACACGCGAACGGUCGUGUACCGAUCUCGAGACACGGUUUGCAUUUGUUGAAUAACGAUCAACAUUAGCACUCUAGCUUUAUCUUUUACUAUUCUUCAAAGUCCAGUUCAAUGGAUUGCGAAUUCUAUUCGUUUCACUCGGUGUAAACAUUUAAUGAAAUGAUAUUCGACGUUAACGCGCUUUUGACAAAUAAUACAAUGAUUUGUCGAAAGAAUAAGACAUAUAUUCUUCAUUUAUUCUCACCUUUUUUUUGGUGAAAGACAGGUACUCUUCGCAUCGAGCCAGACACAGACUAUCUUGCACAAUAAAAAGAUUUAAAAAAUCAAAUGAAACUCUCGUGCAUUCGAAAUUAUUACGAGCUCUAUUUAUUACUUGAUGGCUGUGCAAUAAUCAUCGUAAUGAUUUCAUUUUUAACGGGAAAAAUUGCAUGGACGAUGGGCUAAAGAGAACCAUAAUAGCGUACAUUUCUUUUAAUGUAUAAUUUAUGUUUAUUGCGCGUACAGAGGAGGACAAAAUUCGAUUUGAAUAAAUUUAUAUUAAUUUAUAUUGUUUAUUCAACUGAACAGUGAAAUUUUUUAGUUCAUUGUGAAAUGUCAAAUUGAAAUUGUAAUUUUUAUUUAAUGGAUAACGGAUUGCAUAAUUUAUUUUGCAUUUUUUAUUGGACAUUUUGAUCCAGACAAGAAUUUUUCUCAUCUCUGUGGACGCGAAAAGAAGAAACUAUAGGUACACAGAUUGUAUCUAUAAAAUUUACAUAAUUUAGUCUGUUUGAUUAUCUACGCCGCAGCCCGUAUCAAAUGCCGAUUACUUUGUAAUCUAUUAUACAAUUUCCCAUUUAAUUGUUUCUAUUCGUUCUCGUUUAUGUGAACAAAAUGCUUCCUACCUUUGAUCUAUAAACUAAAUACGACUUUGAACGAAAGACGAAAGGGUGGGCCAUGUGUUUUGAUUCACAUUAAAUUCAAACAUUAAUGUAACCAGAGAAAUGGAGAUUAUCGUACGAUGCGAAGACCAUUGUAUCAAAAAGAUUAAUAUAAUGUAUAUUAUACAUUAGUAAUUAUGUAUUAUGAUUUAUUAUGUACUAAAUAUAUGAAUAUAUUAUG